AGCUGCUUCGAUCUUUUCCGGGUCGUGAAAUUAGCGCACCCAUGAUUGUGAGCUAACGGCCCUGAAUUGUUCGUUUAAAAUAUCCCAGAAGGAGAUAUAAUCGGACGUUUUUACACAUCCAACACGGACUAUUCUUGCGCAUCGUUCUGUAACCACAUGAUACAGCGAUGCCGGGGCUCAGCUGUCGAUUUUACCAGCACCGGUUCCCAGAGGUGGAGGAUGUUGUGAUGGUGAACGUGAGGUCCAUCGCUGAGAUGGGCGCCUACGUCAGCCUCUUGGAGUACAACAACAUCGAAGGCAUGAUCCUCCUGAGUGAGCUGUCUCGUCGACGUAUUCGCUCCAUCAACAAGCUCAUCCGCAUAGGCCGCAAUGAAUGCGUGGUCGUCAUCCGAGUAGACAAAGAGAAGGGAUACAUUGAUUUAUCAAAAAGAAGAGUUUCACCAGAGGAGGCCAUCAAGUGUGAAGAUAAAUUCACCAAAUCUAAAACUGUGUACAGCAUCCUGCGACACGUGGCAGAGGUGCUGGAUUACAGUAAGGAUGAGCAGCUAGAGAGCUUGUACCAGCGCACCGCCUGGGUGUUUGAUGAGAAAUACAAGCGACCAGGAUACGGAGCUUAUGAUGUCUUCAAACAGGCUGUGUCAGAUCCUGCAAUUCUGGAUGGGCUGGAGUUAACAGAGGAGGAGAGGAGUGUGCUGAUUGAUAACAUCAACAGGCGACUCACUCCGCAGGCUGUCAAAAUCAGAGCAGAUAUUGAGGUUGCGUGCUAUGGAUAUGAGGGCAUUGAUGCCGUGAAGGAAGCUCUGAGAGCCGGGCUUGGCUGCUCCACAGAGGCUAUGCCCAUCAAGAUCAAUCUGAUCGCUCCUCCUCGCUACGUGAUGACAACGACCACUCUGGAGCGCACAGAGGGCUUGUCUGUCCUUAACCAGGCCAUGGCAGCUAUCAAGGAGAAGAUUGAGGAGAAAAGAGGUGUCUUUAACAUCCAGAUGGAGCCCAAGGUUGUGACAGAUACGGAUGAGACAGAGCUCGCCCGGCAGCUGGAGAGGCUAGAGCGGGAAAAUGCUGAGGUUGAUGGAGACGAUGACGCAGAAGAGAUGGAGGCCAAAGCAGAGGAUUAGAGUUUGUUCUUGCAGGAAAGCUGCAAGAAAUAAACAUCGAAGGAGAAAAGGGUUAACUUCACAUUGCGAACAUUAACUGCUGUUAAAAGUUAAUUGGUAAAUGCCCCUGUUUGUUCUUUAGCAAGGUUUGUUUCACAAGGUGGUAACACAAAAAGUUAUCUUCUUAUCCGGACAUGGAACUGAAGAUAAAUUACAAAUUAAACAUCAAUAUAGUUUCUAUUUUUAAAGUACAAUUUGAAUACACAAAUCUAAAAACAAAACAAAACAGUGGCCUUCACUUACCUCUUGCUUCAGAGCCCAGUGUCUUCGGUGGCGCUUCAUCUCUGGAUGUGAUUGAUUUAACAGGGAGUGCAUGGGCUCGUCUGUCUCAACACUAGUCAGAGGUGACCGUGUGCUGUUUUCUUCCAGUUUAAAGGUUUUUACUUGCAAGACCUGCUCUUGUUUAGCUCACACCGCAUCAAUAAAGUUCUGGAAUUUUUGAUCUCAA